AAAUAGUACGGUUCUCGAUCUCUUUUCUUCAACUUCGAUCCAGAUGGGGAACAUGAAAAUACCUAUUGCGAAAACAAGAACCAGGAAGCGAGUCUCUGACCCCGAUCUCACAAGCUCCGAUAAAAGGAAGCGGACCAACGAAGAUAUCGAUCUCGAUCUCGAUCUAUCCGACGAUCUCAAAGGGAUAGUGUCCGCGCUGAAUCAGAUCAAAGAGAGAGCUCAGAAGGACGAUCAGAAGAAGAAUGAAGAGACUAUCUCAAGUGUAUCGACUGAGAUAAGAACAAUGAUUGAGGAGGUGAAAUCUAAAUUUGAGAAGGACAGGCAAAGUUUUGCGAAAGCACUAUCGAAAAGCUCAAAAGAGUGUGAAAACUGUUUGAAGGACGAAACUGCCAAAUUCCAAGCACUUUACGAGAAAUUCACAAAAGAGAAAGCGACACAUCUCCAGGCCAUGAAAGAUACCAUUUCCAAAUUUGAAGAGGAGAAAGAAAGGCUAUUCGCAAAAUAUGAACAACUGAGAAAGAGAGAAAGGAGCCUGAUAUCUGAACAAGAGAAAGCUUGUGCUGAAAAGAUUGCUCAAUUGGAGGAGUCUUUGAAAAGGAAAAAGCAGGAUGAUAGGACUUUCAGCCUUUUGCGGAAGACUCUUGGUUCAUUUCUAGAAACUGGUUCAGAUGAGGACUUCCCAACUGAUGAUUGAAGGUAUUAACGGGUUGAGCUCUAAUGAAAACGUUCAAUAAUUCUCUUUAGUACUCUUAAAUCAGUCAAACAAUUUGAUGCAAUUAUCUAGUAUACAUUCUCGUACAGGCAAUAUAUCUUUUGAGGGUAGGUACUUCUCUUAACAGUCUAG